AUGAGUAACGAACCUCCAUAUCCCCUCCACGCGUCAGUGGUCGGCCGGAUAGACCCGGAAUAUGCCGAGUUUUAUAACAAACACAUCAUCGAUAAGCAGCAAGUCCAUCUUCAACCCAUAGAGGCAUCGCGAUCCAGUGGUGUUCUUAUUCCAGGCAGCGGCCCACUGCAACCUGUCGCCAGCACAGUAGACUACAAAGUCAAGCGCAGCGAAAGCGAAGGACCUGACGUGAGCGUCCGAUGCUUCACGCCCAACGGUGAGAAGCCAGCAGCUGGAUGGCCAGUGUGUGUUUACUAUCAUGGCGGCGGCUGGGUCCUCGGCACAAUCGAUACUGAGAAUGUGAUUGCAUCGCAUUUAUGCGCGCGGGGUAGAUGUGUAGUUGUUGCGGUGGAUUACAGGCUCGCACCUGAGAAUCCUUUCCCUGCUGCUGUGCAUGAUUCUUGGGAGGCUGUAUUGUGGGUCAUGAAUGAAGGAAAACAACUUCUCGACCUGGACACGUCGAAAUUGGCGACAGGCGGAUCAUCAGCUGGGGCUAAUCUGGCAGCUGUCAUUUGCCAACGCGCUGCAGACCGCGGAUUCCCUGAGUUUACCCUACAACUUCUCUCUGUUCCAGUCAUGGACAACACAGCUGAUACGACCAAUAACACGUCAUGGAACGAAAAUCAGAAUUCACCGGCACUUCCCGCUUCCAAAAUGCUCUGGUACAGAAACCACUAUCUUCCCAAUAAAGAAAACUGGUCCCAUCCUGAAGCUAGCCCACUAUUUUGGAAUGGCGACUUCUCCAAAUUGCCACCCGCUUGUUUCGUCGUCGGUGAGCUGGAUGUUUUGCGUACCGAAGGUGAGCAAUUUGCGGCAAAGUUACGUACUGCAGGCGUCAAGGUCGACUUUAGUGUAAUGAAGGGUCAGCCACACCCGUUCAUUGCUAUGGAUGCAGUUCUGGAGGCGGGGUCGAGGGCGAUUACGAUAUUCUGCGAGGCACUCUACAAAACUAUGUAUGGCAGUUAG